AUCCAGCAGCAGCAUCAGUACACCGACAACAGCAACAUGGAAACGGAGGAAAUCAUCAAACUGGUCGACGGGAUCUAUAAGAACAUAUUGGAAAAGUUCAAUCCCGGAGCACGACAGCUGAUCAGCGCAGGCAAGGCGUACCUGAAGGCACUGCACGGGGCGUCCACCGCAUCGAACGUUUUCAACGAGGCACUCGCGAAGAUCGCCGUCAAUGCACAACAGGGAGGAACCAUCGACAUUGGUUCCGCCUUGAUGAACAUUGUCGGUGUGUACAAAGAGAUCCAGGAUCAGCACAUGAAUAUUCUGAAAGCAUUCUACGUCGAUCUGCUAGUGCCGCUGGAAACGAAUCUCGAGAAAGACACCAAAGUGGUACAGUUCGAGCAGAAGAAGUUUCUCCAGCAGCACAAGAUGCGCUCGGACAGUUACAGCAAGGCGGCCGCUACGAUGAAGAAGUACCGCAAGAAGAACUCGAAAAACACACCCAAGGAGGCGGAGAAGGAAAUCAAGAGCAUUCAAGCGUUCGAGGAGGAAAAGCACAAGCUGGAUCAGUUCUGCGAGCAGAGUCUGAAGAACGCAAUGACACAGGAACGGCGCCGGUACGGGUUUGUGUUGGAGCGCCAGUGCUCGCUAGCGAAACACUGGAUGGCUUACCAUCACUCCGGGCACAUGAUCAUCGAAAAGUCACUGGACAACUGGAACGAUGUGGCGGCGACACGCGAAUUUCUGCCCCCGAACGUGGAGAACAUGUUCUCAGCGAAGCAGGCGCUGCGGGACGUGGAAGACGAGGACGACGACGAUCGGGAAUCGAUUGCGUCCCAGCUGCGCAAAACACGUUCCAUCGAUGCCUCCUGUCUUGAUAUGCGCUCGCUGGCAGACGUUGCCAACAGCACGCUCCAGAUGCCGCGGGCAAAGUCCGAGUUUAAUCUGAACAACAAUACCGGCACGCUGCUGGGUGGUCACCAUCACCAUCACCACCAUCACGGGAUGAUGAUGAUGGGAGGCGGCGGUGGUGGUGGUGGAGGCGGCGCUGGCAGUAUGGUUGGCGGUGGUAGUAACGGCAAACCGGACAUUUCGCACUGGGAGCGGCCCACGGUGAAGGCACUGUACGCGUACCUGUCGUCGGGCGAAAACCAGCUGAGCUUUCUCGAGGGCGAUCGGAUUGCGCUGGUGGGCGAUCGGGCCAAGGGAUGGCAGUUUGGGGAGAACCUGCGCACGCAAAAGUUUGGCUGGUUCCCGAUAGCCUACACCGAGACCGAGCGUGAUGAUAAGGAGAGUAUCAGUGAGUGGGUAAAGGCUCCACCGAGCGAUAUUGAGCUUGAUCAUACACCGGAUACAUCGCUCGAGAGUACGCUGGUCGACGAUAGUCUGACGAAGAUGUCUGGAUCGUACCACGGAGGAGAGGAUGCAUCUCCAACGCGCAUGUUCGGGGACACGAUCCAGUACCGCCAGUCGAAGCAGUUCCGACGCCUAUCGCGAGGUGAGAAGCCACCGAAGCCAGGACCACCACCACAGUUGCCGGCUCCCGUACCGACACCGGUUGUGCCGAACAGUUACAACGGUGGCAAGCCGCAGCGUCACGAUGGAGCAUCAGGAUCUGGUGGGUCUGGUGGAAUUCCACAGUCUAACAGCUUCUCGUCGGCCGGUGCACCUCCAAUGGCUUCGGAUAAACGCAAAUCCGGUUCGGCUACGAUGAACUUCAGCAAGCCGCCAUCGAGCAGCAAUCCGAAACAGAAACGGCAAAGCAACGGAAUGGCUAGUGCCUCGCUGCAUAGCAGCAAUGACAGUGGUUUCUCCAACGAGCCACAACCCCAACCGGAAGCAGAUCUGUAUUCAGACGAAGAGCCAGUGAAUCGCGUACCGAUAAGAUCGGCCCGCUCCGAGAAGAACUUGCUGAACGAUCAAUCGACCCUGACCAGGACGGGUGGUCGUGACAGCAGUGUCCCUUCGCCACGCUACCAUGAUGAGGACGAUAUCUACGGUACGAUUGUGCCACCUCGACCACGCCACCAGAGCCAGAUGAUGAUGCGUCAGGCCAACAGCUAUGGUAACAUUGCUGAAAGCAACUCGGGAACGCUGGAGUACGGUUAUCGCUCGCGCAACCGCAUGUCCUCGGAAAACCAUCCGAACCAGAGCGAUUCGCAGAAGAUUAAGCGCACUAAAUCUUUCUGGAAGUUCUCCAAGUCGGAAGACCACAUCCUUGAGGGGAUGGCCAUGUGGAAGCACAAUGACAUCAUACCGACUGGGCGUGAAAAGCGCGAGAUGGAAAAGAAGGAAGCCACACUGAAGCGGAACAUGCGCAAAAAGGAGCAGAUUGAGAAGCAGAAGCAGAAGGAAAUGAUUGCGGCCAAGGCGGAAGAGGAACAACAGCAGCAGCAACAGCAGCAACAGCAGCAGCAGCAGCAACAACGUCGCAAAGAUAACUCACGAGGAAAUGCGAACGGUAUGAUGGAUAACGAAAGCAACACGAGCACACUUGUGCGGGGUAACAAUCGAGAGUCGCGCGAUCGUGAUCGAGAUUUGCGUGAACCGGCCCGAGAACGACCACACAGCAUCGCAAUGAUGCCGGAACAGGAAAAGUUCCCGAUUACCAAAUCUGACAUUGAUAAGCGCAUCUCCAAAAUUGACCAGGAGUUCCAUCAGCAACAAAAGAAGGCAAGCCGUGGUGGGCAGGAGGAGGAACGCGGUGGUCGUACGGGACGAGACCGUGGAGACGGUGAUCGCAAACAGUCGAAGGGAGGUGGUAAAAAUGAUACCAACAAUAACAACCGCCACAGUUACGCUGGAGAACAUCUGCACCGUCAGCAUCAGGAGCAGGAACUGUACGGUGAGGCACCGAUGAUGAGCGGUAAGCAAGGCAAGCAGGACAAAUACCGCACGACAGAGCGUGAAACGAACAAAAAUCGAAACAAUGAUGCCCUGAACAAGUACUACCAGGAUCAAACGUUUGACGACUUCUCGAUCAUUCCUGCCGACUCGAUCAUGAUGCAGGACACAAGCUUCUACGAUGACGAUGGUAUGAUGGAUGACAUGAUGCUGAUGAAGACGGUUCGUCGUAAGGAGAUCCUGAAGCAGUACUAUUCUAGUGGCACCGAUACGGAGCGCAACUCGUCCAGCUCCGACCCGUACGAUUGUAUCGUUGUGGAUGAUCAUUUGGUGGCAAAGUCUGGCCGCGAUCGGAAGGCAAACGGUGCCGAUGGUUCCAUGAUGCGCAUGAUGACGGAUCGGCGUGGAGACAAGAAGGAUCGCGGUAUGCCCGAUGACAAGAUGGCAUUCUCCACGUUCCGUGGUGGUGUUUCCGGUGGUAAUGGAGGUCGGGGUAACCAGUUGGACGAUGAUGAUGAUGACACGAUGAUGGCUUCGAUGACGCUGGACGAUGAGCUGAUGGAGGAGGAACAGCAGCAACAGCAACAGCAGUCUCGCCAGCAGCAGACCCGGGAUCGCCGAUCUAAAAGCUCCAAGGGGAACUUGGCCGAAUCGAAGUACGAAUCGGAGCAGGAGUCCCGCAUCAGUGCCAAGAUGCAAAACAAUGGUCAGCAGCAACAGCAGCAGCAACAGCAAAAGCGCAAAUCCACCAAAUCGAUCGCCUCGGACGGUAAGGCGUACGGGCCAUGGUAUGACCUGUGGGGUGCGGAUAGCUCAGUACACAACCAGAAGCUAUAAACCGUGC